AUGACAACGAUUAAGCAAGGCCGCAUUGAUCUCAGCUUCCACCAUGUGGCAGGCGAGGUCGUCAAGCUCGUGCUUGAGCGACUUGGAUACAACGUGCAAGUUGAGUCAGCGCCGCACGAAGCAGCUUUCGCCCUACAUCAGGAGGCCAAGGUGGAUUUUCUCAUUGCUUGGUUAGAAGGCUCCCAUGGGCAGUAUUUGGACAAAUACAGAACAGAGGUUACCGUGCUCAGCAACGCCAUCUACUCGCCAUACUGCAUUUGGGGAGUUCCCGAUUACGUUCCUGAGACUGUAGUUCAGACUAUACAAGACCUGCUCAAACCCGAUGUGGCAGCCAAAAUGCGGAAGCAGAUCCAAGGAAUAAAUCCAGGAGCUGGAAUCUCUCGCUUCUCCAAGGAGAUUAUCGACAAAUAUGGACUGGCAGAGGCGGGAUAUUCUUUCCAGCAUGGGUCCCAGGCAGACUGUUUUGAAAGCUUCGAAGCCGCUUACGAAAAUAGUGAAUGGCUGGUGGUUCCUCUCUGGCAUCCCCAAUAUUUGCACAAAAAAUACAAGAUACGCAGUUUGAAAGAGCCGAAUGGCCUGCUGCGUGGUAUCGACGACGCCCAGAUUUGCAUACACAAUUCAGCGAGAACCAAAUUCACUGACGAGGCACUUGCCGUACUGCAGCGAAUCACCCUCGGUAAUGAAGCCGUCUCGCUCAUGGACUGGUAUUGCUGCAAAGAUGGCCUAAGCCCCAGACAAGCAGCGUUGCGCUGGAUGCACGAGAAUGAGAGCCGCAUCAACUCAUGGUUUGCACCAACUCCGUAUGAGCGCUUGCAAUCAUUGGGUCUUCCACUCCCAGUGGCGCCCCCCGCUGUGGGUCAAUACGAACCAUUCAUGGUGACUCGAACAGGCCUCGUAGAGACAUCGUUGCAGUUGCCAUGGGUUGAGGGCAAGCUGGCAUAUGAGGGCAGAUUGGGCAGCGGACAACAUGGCCUUACUGUCAGCCAGGGAGCAGCUGCGGCGAAAAUCUGCGCUCUGAAUCUACUUGCACAGUUGCACCAGGCAAGCAGUGGGGAUCUAUCUCGCGUGCGCAUGAUCCGACUAGAAGGACAUGUCAACUCUGAACCAGGGUUUCAGAAUUCUCCCUCGGUCCUUGAUGGUGCGUCCGAUAUUAUCAACUUUGUCCUCGGCGAUAAGGGCAGACACGCCCGUACUGCUCAUCACCAUCCGGAUAGCCCGCUCAACGCGCCAGUGCUAAUUAGUGCCCACGCAGAACUUCUGUGGUGA